ACAAAAGAGGAAGGAAGGUUUAUUCACAAGACAACUGGGUCGAAGUGUAUAGCUCUGUUGAAAGGCACAACACUCAAAAUAACAUUGGACCAAAAUACUUUUUUAUAAAAGGCCUUUUAUUUUCUGCAACAACUGGCAACCAAUAUAAAACAGUGAAGAGGAUGGUGGCCGUGACAUUCUUGUUCCUCUGCUUCUGGGUUGUAGGUGUCCACGGUGACCUCAGCCGUAUCCAGGUUACUCUGGAGCCAGACAGGCCCUCUCUGAGGGUGCAGCUCUCUCACACCGCCCAUCUGCGCUGCUGCUACUCAGCCACAAGGGGAGCCGUGGAAACCACCUGGUUCAUCAGCAUCCGGACGGUCAACGGCACGUCCGCCCCACAGGGAGUGGACCGGAGAGACAACCAUGUGACAGUGGAUGGGGGGAACCUGACUGCGGCAGGGGUCAUGUGUCACACACUCAUCCUGAGGGAGGCCCGUCUGAACGACUCAGGGUUGUACCAGUGUUUUCUCAACCACAGCGCCCUGCGGCACUCUGUGUACACCCACGGCACCUUCCUGCAGGUCUACACCUGCAUCUCUCCCAUGAAAGAGCAGCAGGUGAGUUCUACUCUGAUGACCUUUAUACGACCCCUCUCCCCCUGCUCAGGGCCGAUGGUGGAGAUUCUGGACAUCAGUGAAAGCACCAAGAACAGCAUCCUGAUUGCUGAGGCAAUGUUACUGAUGGUGGCAGUGCUUCUGCAUGGUACCAUGAUGCUCUGUAAGACGAAGAAACUCAAUCAACUGAAGAAGAAAAGGGUCAAAGAGGAAGAGGAGAUAAUCUAUGAGGGUCUAAAUCUGGAGGAAUGCUGCUCCACAUAUGAUCAGAUCCAGCGCUCUCUGGUGCAGGGCCCCUACCAAGACGUGGGAAACAUGAUCAUAGAGGAGGAAAUCCAACUGGAGGAGCCUUGAAUGAGAGGGGGGAGGAAGAGAGGGCGGGAGAAGAGUAAUUUAAUAGAACAGAGUUGUGGUGAGGGUUUUGAUAUGAAUUUUCUUCAAAACUGCCCCCCCCACCUCUAUGAAUUUAUAGAGGUGACAUGCGUUUUCCUUGCAGCCUUUGCCUAUAUUUGAAUCUAAUUUCUUACUGGACCAAAAAGGCAGUAACCUACAAUGUCAGAGGGAAUUUUGCUUUCAAUUUAGCCUUUCAUUACAAAUGCCAAUACCUAAACACUUUUUAUAUUCAUAAAAUAUAUAUUUUUUCUGCAUGUUUGUAUUUUCUAUGCUUUUGUGUAUGCAUUGGCCAAAUGUUUUUUUUCCCUCCAAUCUCCAUAAUUCAAGGCCUGAAUUGUGCUUAGUAAAUAAAAUUAUAAAACUGA